UUUCUUUCUUCUUUCACUUCUCCUCCACACCACCUCACCAUCACCACUACUCCUAAUGGCAGACAUACUCACCCAACUCCAGACCUGUCUGGACCAACUAGCAACCCAAUUCUACGCCACCCUAGGCUACCUAACAACCUACCACGACAACUCGCCCGCCAUCCCACCACCAGGUAUCCCCACCGCCGCGCCCGCCCUCGCGCGCAUCCCCAAGAACUCAUCCCUGCCGCCCGCCCCCGCCGGCGCACCCGCAGGCGCCCAAGCCUCGCCUCCGCCCUCCCACACCGCGCAACCAGGCCAACCAGGAGGUCAACUAGGCGGGGAGCCCGGGGCCGUGACACCAGGCGGAACAGCGACAGGGGCAGGGGGGGAUCCGAACCUCCCUCCGGCGGCGGACUCGCCGCGGGUGUUUGCAGCGAGGCAGAGGGAGUUGGCGCGCGACUUGGUCAUCAAGGAGCAGCAGAUCGAGUAUUUGAUUUCGGUGCUGCCCGGGAUUGACUCGAGUGAGGAGCAGCAGGAGCGGCGGAUUAGGGAGCUGGAGAGGGAGUUGAGGGGGGUGGAGGAGGAGAGGGAGUUGAGGAUGAGGGAGUUGGGGCGGUUGAGGAGACGGUUGGAGGGGGUGUUGGGGGCGGUGGAUAGGGGUAUUUAUGGCGAUCGGGCUUGA